CAUUUGUUCACGUGUGAUCUCUCUGAUUUUACGUCCCCCGGUCGCUGGAGAUUUAGCCAAUUACCCUGGGAAAUGUCUUCUUUCUUCACAGUGCCCGCUUCCCAGCGGAAAAGAAAGAGAGACGAUCGCGCCGCAGCCCCCGCGUCCAAGAAACGAGGCGUUGAUGGAAAUGGAGAAGCAACAGGAAGAAGUGGCAGCAAACGGAGGGAUCAGGAUGAAGAAUCGAUUUCGGGAAGUGACUUAGAUGAGGACAAUCUCAGCGUGGCCUCUGGCGUAUCAGACGACAGCGCAUCGGAAUCCGACGAAGGAGAGACCGCCGCCGACCGAAGAUUAAAGCUUGCGGAGCGUUACCUGGAAAAUGUCCGAGACGAAGUGGACGAUAUUGGCUUCGAUGCCGCUGAGAUUGAUCGCGAUUUGAUCGCAGAGAGAUUGAAGGAGGAUGUGGACGAGUUCAAAGGACGCAUCUAUCGCCAGAUUGCAUCGGACCUAGCAUUUUCGAAAGCGCCGCAUUCCUUCUUCAGAGCAGACACACAAUCAACUACGUCGAUUGCAGCUCAUGCACCCUACGUCUACACUGUGUCGAAGGAUCGGACCUUGAUCAAAUGGGAGCUUGCCGCACCUACCUCCGCAAACGCCUUGCCUUCGAUAAAUGGAGAUUCCAAGCGCCGUCCUCGUCCACAGCGAAAGAAGCCGAAGCAAGUGAAGUAUGUCCGGGGCUUGCGGAAGGUUGCUGAAACUGGCGAGGAGCACGGUCACAACAAAAGCAUCCUGUCUGUUGCCGUAUCACCGUCCGGAAAGUUUGUGGCUACUGGCGGAGAAGACAAUAAAUUGAUCGUUUGGGAUGCUGAAACCUUGACUCCUUUGAAAACCUUCACACAUCACCGCGAUUCUAUCAGCAGUCUUGCCUUUGCCCGCCACAUCUCCACCAUGAGUUCCGGAGAACAGUUGUUUACUGGCUCAAAUGAUCGGACCAUCAAAACCUGGUCUCUGAGUACUGCUGGACACGCCUACGUUGAGACGCUUUUCGGCCACCAAGAUCAUGUCUCUGGUGUUGCCGCCAUGACAAUCGAUCAGUGUAUCAGUGUCGGAGCACGCGACCGCACAGCUAGAUUAUGGAAGGUCAUUGAGGAAUCCCAGCUGAUUUUCCGCGGCGGGUCUAAGAGCGCCUCAUACCAAGAAAACAACAUUGACUGCGUGGCACCUCUCCCCCCAAACCACUUCGUCACCGGCUCGGACUCGGGCUCUAUCUCACUCUGGUCCGUUCACAAGAAGAAGCCCCUGCAUACGAUCCCUCUCGCCCACGGCCUCGAUCCCCUCCCACCCUUGGAUGAACUUUCCGCAGAAGUCGAUCAAGCCACUGCUGCCUCGAAUUCCCGCCAUCUCCGCCGCAUGCCUCGCUGGAUUACUGCCCUGGCUACAGUCCCUGGCACAGACAUCGUGCUUAGCGGUAGCUGGGAUGGAUUUAUCCGCGCAUGGAAGAUCUCUAGCGACAAGCGGAAGAUUAUUCCCUUGGGCGCUGUAGGAGGCGCAUCCAAAACGCCUUUAGCACCAGAUACACCUUCCGAGCAACUGAGACAAACGCUUGCAUUCGACACGCCCACGGGCUCAGACCGCAUGGAUGUUGAAGGCGCACCGGCCCAGCUGACUGCAAGCGCCUCCGACGACGAAGAACCCCUCGUCAAGGGCGUCAUCAACGGCAUCGCCGUCUUUGAGCGCCGUGUAGAAACCGCCAAACCCGGCCAGGUGCCAACAGAGUCCAAGUCCAAGUCGAAAUCCGAACCCGAAGUUCGCGGCCUGUGCAUCGUCGCAGCCGUAGGCAAGGAGCACCGCCUAGGACGCUGGAAGUGUUUCGCCAACAACUUCCACGAAGGCACCUCGGCUGACGGCCGCAACGGCGCCGUCGUAUUUGAAGUCCCGUUCAUCGGCGAUAAGCUCAACUGAGCAAGACAAACAGACAAAAACAAGGCAACCCCGAAUGAAAUCAUUGUGAGGCGGCGUAUGUGUAUCCUAUUCUUUUCUUCCAUGUGUAUUCUAUUCCCGGGCCUCGUGGUCUUUGCAUAUCAUUUUCUCUCCCCUUGGUUUUGAAAAGUUUACCUUGUGCAUCCGGAAGAUUUCCUUUGCUCUUGACUUGUUUCGCAUUUCUUUUCUCUUUGCUCCCAACGUGCCGCGGCGUUGCCGAAAUGUGUAUAUAUCAGGUUCGUGAAUGG